UCUGCCAGCAGAGGCACGAGGCUCCCAAGAAGAUGGGCGACUGGGGUUUCCUGGAGAAACUGUUGGACCAAGUCCAGGAGCACUCAACUGUGAUCGGGAAGAUCUGGCUCACCGUGCUCUUCAUCUUCCGCAUCCUCAUCCUGGGCUUGGCCGGGGAGUCCGUGUGGGGGGACGAGCAGUCAGAUUUCGUGUGCAACACCAAGCAGCCAGGCUGCACCAACGUCUGCUAUGAUAAAGCCUUCCCCAUCUCCCAUAUCCGCUACUGGGUGCUCCAGUUCCUCUUUGUCAGCACCCCAACCCUGAUUUACCUCGGCCACGUUGUCUAUCUCUCCCGGAAGGAGGAGAAGCUGAAGCAACAGGAGAGCGAGCUUCGGGCUAUCCACAGCAAGGACCCGAAGAUCGAGCAGGCCCUGGCAGCCGUGGAGAAGAAGAUGUCUAAGAUCUAUAUGACGGAGGAUGGGCGGCUCAAGAUUCGAGGGGCGCUGAUGUGGACGUACAUCAUCAGUGUGAUCUGCAAGAGCAUCUUUGAGGCUGGCUUCCUCAUUGGCCAGUGGUACCUGUACGGCUUCUCCAUGGUGCCCCGCUACGUGUGCAAGAGGGACCCCUGCCCCCAUCAGGUGGACUGCUUCAUCUCCCGCCCCACUGAGAAGAGCAUCUUCAUCAUCUUCAUGCUGGUGAUGGGCCUGAUCUCCUUAAUCCUGAACCUCCUGGAGCUUUUCCACCUCUGCUGCAAGAACCUGCUUAGCAAUGUCAAGAAGGUGUCUGUGCCGGCCGUCCCGAGCCGGGACACCUUUGCUGAUGACAUGGUCUCGGGUCCCUACCCACCCAAGCACUACCCUUUCCUGCCCAUGGCCGACAGCCACACACCGCCCUACCAGGCCUACAACAAGCUCUCCAGCGAGCAGAACUGGGCCAACUUCCACAACGAGGAGAACCUGGCACUGGGCAGUGGCAGCAGGCCCCUGUCGGACCCCUACGCCCCCAGGGCUGCUGAAGCCGCCGCCCCGGAGGAGAAGCUGUGCAGCCGUCCUGGGAGCUCAGCCUCCAAAAAGCAGUAUGUCUAGUGCCGGGCUGGCCCCGGCUGGCCGGGGUGACCUUCCUCGGUCCCUCGUGCCUGCAAAGGUGCUGGCCACGGGCAGGCAGCUGCCUCCUGCCUGGUGCUGUGCCAUAUGGACAGGCCGCCCUCCAGAGGCUGUGCCCGCGGAGACCUGCCUGCCCCUGGGAUGUGAUGCUCAGGAGCAGGGCUGAGCACUGCCCUGGAGCGGAGCCUCCGCUCUCUCCUGUUUUCUCCACAGACCCUGCAAGGAAGGAAACUGCAGAAAGUUCCCCGGGACGGCAUGUCCUGCAUGCUUCGCCGUGGGAAAGGGAGAAAUCCCUGGGACCAUGCAGCUGGGAACAGGCUGUCCCCAGGGCCGCAGCGAGAGCCUGCUGCCUGUCGGGAGCCAUGGCUCAGCCGGACCCCGGAGCUUGCUGGAGCCCCCGCCGGCGUGAGAGCUGGGCGUGUGGCCGUGGGAAGCUGCUCGCCUCCAGUCUCCAUGCGGAGCAGGCUG